AAACACAGGGGUCCACUCAAGGACUCACUGCUGAAUCUUGCUGGCAGACCUCCGAAACCCCCACAUCGGGUCCUGGGGGUGGCAGGGAGGUAACAGGACACAGCAGUGCCGUUGGCCACUUUCCCUGAGCUGCCUCUUCUACUGCCUUGUUCUGUGACCUGGGCACCAGCCCCGCCCUGGGGUCAGCACGCUCUGCCACACCUCUGCCUGGCCCAGCCUUGGUCACCUGGACCAAAGGCCUCUGCCUGUCUCCUGGCCAGGACAGCCAGUCAGGAGGGCACAUAGGACCGGUGGGGAAGCCAGCUCCUGGGGACCAGAUCAUGUGGGCCAGCUGGUGGUUCUGGCCCCUGGUGGCCAUCUGCAUUGCAGACCAGUUCCGGGACCAGGCGGUGCAGAUCAUGCAGGACACGCCUGCCAUUGAUGGGGGUGUAACUGUACACCCAGCUACCCUCAUGUCAACCAGCCUUGUUCAUGGAGGUGACUUCAAGUCAGCACCCUGCACCCAAGAAGACUUCAAAGCCAAGCAAGCAUCUGCCCUCCCUCUUCCGCAGGGAAAGACCUACCCAUUUAGGGCUCUCAGCUCAGUUACCUGGCCUGGGGGUGGGGCCCAGCUGAGAUGCUCACCUGUGCUCAGGCACAACGACCUGCCCUGGCAGCUGCUCAAGAGCUUCAACAAUCAGCUCCUGGACACGAGGGCCAACCUGAGCAGCCUAGCCCACACGCACACCAACAUCCCCAAGCUGAAGGCCGGCUUUGUGGGGGGCCAGUUCUGGUCUGCGUACACACCCUGCGACACCCAGAACAAAGAUGCCGUGAAGAGGACGCUGGAGCAGAUCGACGUCGUCCACCGCAUGUGCCAACUGUACCCUGAGACCUUCGUGUGUGUCACCAACAGCACAGGCAUCCGGCAGGCCUUCCAGGAGGGCAAGGUGGCCAGCUUGGUUGGCGUGGAGGGUGGCCACUCCAUUGACAGCAGCCUGGCUGUCCUGCGGGCGCUCUACCAUCUGGGCAUGCGGUACCUGACCCUCACCCACAGCUGCAACACGCCCUGGGCCGACAACUGGCUGGUGGACACGGGGACUGACACGGCCCAGAGCCAAGGCCUGUCAUCGUUCGGGCAGAGUGUCAUAAAGGAAAUGAACCGGCUGGGCGUCCUCAUAGACUUGGCCCAUGUGUCCGUGGCCACCAUGAAGGCUGCCCUGCAGCUGUCCAAGGCCCCCGUCAUCUUCAGCCACUCCUCCGCCUACCAGCUGUGCCAGCACCGGCGCAACGUGCCUGACGACGUGCUCCAGUUGGUGAGGCAGACAGGCAGCCUGGUGAUGGUGAAUUUCUACAAUGACUACGUUUCCUGCAAAGCGGAGGCCAACUUGUCCCAAGUUGCAGACCACCUGGACCACAUCAAGGCGGUGGCAGGAGCCGGAGCCGUGGGCUUUGGUGGGGACUUUGACGGUGUUUCUAGGCUCCCCUCAGGGCUGGAGGACGUGUCCAAGUACCCAGACCUGGUCGCAGAGCUGCUCAGGAGGAAGUGGACAGAGGCGGAGGUUAGGGGCGUCCUGGCUGACAACCUGCUGAGAGUCUUUGAGGAAGUGGAGCAGGUGAGCAAUCACACACAGGCUCCCGGGGAGGAGGUGAUUCCGCUGACCCAGCUGGAGCCUUCCUGCAGGACCCAGUAUGGCUACUCCAAGUCCUCUGGGAAACACCUUCAGCCGGGGGCCCUGCUGGCCUCCCUCGUGCCCCUCCUCCUCUGCCAAGGUCUUCUGUGACACCCCGGGGACCUGUCCACUCGGACCCGCCCGUCCCGAGCAGGCGCCUGGGCUCCCCGGGGGCAGCACGAAGCCCAGGCACAGCUGGACGCUCAAUAAAGGCACUGGCCUUUUCA